AUGGGUAUGCUUCGCGCUGGUCCUCGUGACCCAGAUGCAUUCCCGGCCAUGCAGCUCUUCCUCCUGGCCAUUGUCCGACUCGCUGAGCCUAUCGCUUUAACGUCCAUCUUCCCAUACGCCUGGGCCCUCGUCAAAAGUUUCGAGAUAGGCCGUGAAGAAGAUGCUUCGUUUUACUCUGGCAUCCUUAUAUCCGCAUUUUCGCUUGCUGAAGCUGUUAUGGGAACGUACUGGGGCGCCCUGUCUGAUCGUAUCGGCCGCAAACCUGUUUUGAUUAUUGGAUCGCUAGGUACAAUGAUCAGCAUGUUGAUGGUGGGAGUGGCUCCAAGCUUCGGUGUUGCCUUGUUUGGCCGUCUCCUCGGUGGUCUACUGAACGGCAAUAUUGGUGUUAUCCAAACCAUGGUUGGCGAGCUGGUCACUAAACCUGAGCAUGAGCCACGUGCAUACUCCAUCAUGCCUUUUGUUUGGAGCAUUGGAACCAUUGUUGGCCCCUCUAUCGGCGGCAUGUUUGCCAACCCUCAUGACUCUUGGCCUGAAUCUUUUCCGAUCGGCAGCCUCUUCCAGCGCCAGCCUUACUUGCUGCCUAACGUUAUCUGCGCAGGAUUGCUGCUUGUGAGCAUUGUGCUCGGUUUCCUCCUCCUCGAGGAAACCCAUCCCGAUAUGGUCCAGCGCGUUCCUCCCAGCGAAUACCACGUCAGUGAGGAGACCCCUCUUAUGAUGAACAACCGAAUGGCCACCGAGAUUGAGCCACGAGCGUAUGGUGCGAUAGAGACAAUUGAGGAUUCAACUGAUGGCUCAAUUGGGGACUGGGAUACUCUCUGUAUCGAAAAUGAGAAGACAGCUGCUGCUCCCAUCAAGAUCUGGAAUUGCCGUGUUGUCGGCUUCAUUGUCGCCUUGUCAAUCUUCACUUACCAUUCCAUGACCUUCGACCAUUUGCUGCCCAUCUUCUUCGAAGACAGCCGUGUUGAUUCUGUGGAGAUGUUCAAGCAUGGCUCUAUCUUUCCUUUCUACUCACCUGGUGGCUUGGGCAUGACUCCGCGAGAUGUUGGCGUGAUCUUGGCAAUCGACGGCGGCAUCGCUCUGUUUAUCCAGGUUUUCGUCUUCCCCUGGACUGUCAAGAUGCUUGGAACCUAUCGCCUUUUCCUGCUCGUUACUGUCCUCCACCCUAUUAUUUACGUGCUGAUGCCCAUGCUCCUCCUUGUCCCUGAGAGCCUUUUAUACCCCGCUAUCUACGGCUGUCUCAUCAUCCGCAACAUUCUUUCCAUUAUACUGUAUCCUCUUCUUAUGAUUCUCAUCAAGGAGGCUACACCUGCCCCAAGCGCUCUUGGAAAAGUGAACGGCUUGGCAGCAAGUGCUGGUGCUGCUUGCCGAAUGAUUGCUUCACCCGUCGCUGGAUUCUUGUGGACGGUCGGUACCAAAUCAGAUUGCUCUGCCUUGGCCUGGUAUGGUAGCGCAAUUGUCGCUAUUCUGGGCGCCGUUCAGUGCUUCUCUGUUCCUCGCCGGCGCAAUGAGGAGCCCUAUGAAGAAGCAUCUAAGGCACCUAGCAAACAGAUUGUUACAGUGACCGAGACUGAGUUUUAUGACUCCCCAUAA